UCAUGCUGUUGCCAGGUCCAGAGUGUCUCAUGGGUCCCUGUACGGCCUCCCAUUGCUGCUGUCUCCAUCGCCACACUCUGCCAUGUGCCACUUUCAGGUCUCCUCACACACUGCUGGGUUCCAUUUUGUCAUAGGGUGCUGGCAGAUUACGGGCCUCCCAUUGCUGCUGCCAGGCCUUAAUCUGCCAUGGGCCCCUGUACCGCCUCCUCAUGCUGCUGCCAGGUCCACAGUGUCUCAUGGGUCCCUGAACCGCCUCCCAUUGCUGCUGUCUCCAUCGCCACACUCUGCCAUGUGCCACUUUCAGGUCUCCUCACACUGCUGGUGUGUUCCAUUUUUUGUC